CAUAAAAUAAAGUGUGCACUGUGCAAUAAUACCCUGUGACAGAAAAUAAAUUAUGUACUAUCAACAACAGAAGUCUGUCUCCUCCUCGGAUACUCUUUCUACAUAAAAACAAUGCUUUACUUAAAAAAAUCGCAACCCAUCCUCUCCGAUGUCACACACAAAAUGCAUCCCCAACUGCUUCAACAAACACAACAACAACAACAACAACAACAACAUCAACAAAUUCAACAACAUCUUCAACAAUGUUUCGAACUAGAUUUGUCAAACCAGCCACCUCCGGCUCACCAGCACAACUACAGCAACAACAUCAACACACGCAUCAACAACCUUACUUUCGAGAAAAAACUGGAUAAUCAUAAAAGUUUUAACGUCGAAUCGAAUGAAGCCCACAAAGUUAAUCAGACUGAGGGAGGGAAAAAUUUCGAAUCAAAUUUGAAGUUUCCAUGGAUGAAGACGACGAAAUCUCACGCCAAACAAUGGAAAUCUAAUUGGAUUGGCGCUGAUGUGCACAUAUUGGACGACAACAAAAGAACUCGCACAGCUUACAGCAGGUCACAGCUUCUGGAAUUGGAGAAAGAGUUUCAUUUCGAUAAAUACAUUUCAAGACCAAGAAGAGUGGAACUGGCUUCAUCUCUCAAUUUGACUGAACGACAUAUUAAGAUCUGGUUUCAAAACCGUCGAAUGAAAUGGAAGAAAAUGGAGGCAGGCAAAAUCACUUCAACUACUGCAAACAAUUUUGAAGGUGCUAAUGUACACUUCAGUCCAAAAAAUGCUUCUAACCAUGCCAGCAAUUUUUUUGGUAGUGCUGACACUUCAAUUUCGAGUCCAAAUUUCAACAAUAAAACUGGUGAAGGUAACUCGACCUUUUCUCAAAUCAACUUAGUCAGUAAAGAAAUUGAGCUUCCUGUCAGAAAGAUGGGACAGGAAAUAUACAACUUGGAGACAUCCGGCGGAAGUGGUGGGCUGGUCAACGGUCACGUGGCAAUCCAUUCGGCAGAUACUUCGGUCAGUGCUCUUUCAGGUGGAACAAGAUUUCCUUUCACUAGAGAUCAAUUCGGCAGUUCUGACGAAUCAACAAACGAAACUAACUAAGAUUGCGCGUCUAACAUUUCUUGUUUCUCUUAAAAUUUUCUGUGUUUCUAACACGAAAUUGUAUAUGACGGCGAACCAUCUCUAUCUUAAACAAAUUACUAACUGUGAAUGAAAACCUAAACUAUGUUGACGAAUCUUGAAAAUUGUUCUCUAUCUAUAUUUUAAAGCGAAUGUGCAUGUGAAUAAGUUGUAACACUUAAUCAACAGAAUGAGUAACCCGAAGUCUUCCGAACGAACGUGUCGUUCUUAUUUGACGAUAAUUUUUGUUGUACACCAGCAAACGGCCAUAUGGAAGAUUUAAUCAUUGAUUUAACUGCUCAUUUAUUAAGUCUUAGAACUGCGUGCACGUUCAAAAAAUUAUUCGCUCAUUUGCAUCGUUCAUUUUAAAAUCAAAAAAUUUUGCGAACGUUGAGAAUUUCUUGGAUAGAAGCAAAACUGAGUAUGAAUAAAAUAGCCUACCAUUGAAAGCAGUGUGCAAAAUGUGAAUUUCACGUAAAUAAUCCCAAUUACAUUGAAAUCGGCGUCAUAAACAGUUUUUUUUUCAAAAAUCAACAACAAACACUC